AUGACUACAGAGGCCAGUGCGCUGAGUGAAGCAGACACAGAGGGGAAGCAGGCGGCCAGUCCCACCGACCCGGAACCAGAGAACAAGCAGAACCCAGGCCCAGAGGAGGGUGAGACGUCCGCAGCCAAGGCCCAAGAUCCGGUCCCUGAGGCUGGGGAGGCUGCAGUCACCCCUGAAGAAGAGCAGCUGAAACCACGCACAAGGACUUCAGCAGGAAAAGGCCUGUCAAAGCUUUUCUCCAACUUCCUCAAGCGGAGAUCGCAGUGUUCGGAGGGAGAGGGCUUCGAGGUGGAGAAAGCCAAGGAAGAGAAGGCAGACAAAGAGGAGAAAACUGAGAAAGUUGAGGAAAAACCGGAAGAAGAGAAGUGCGACAAGGAGGCGAAAUCACAAGAGGCUGCAGCCGAAGUGAAACCGCAAAAGGAGGAAAAGGUAGAACCCUCGGAAGACAAGAAGGAGGAAACUGAGAAGAAAGGCAGCAAGAAAAAGAAAAAAGAAGUCAAGAAAAAGGGUGACGAUAAAGCCAAGAAAGGGGAAGUAAAAAAAUCUGAUGAAAAGGUAAAAACAGAAGAGGCAAAAGAUAAGAAACCAGAUGAAAAGGUAAAGGAAGAGGUGAAAGAUAAAAAAGCAGAAGAAAAAGUAAAAAAGGAGGAGGCAAAAGAUCCCAAAUUAGACGAAACGGGGAAAAAGGAAGAUGUUAAAGAGGAUGAAAAAGUAAAAACGGAGGAUUCCAAAGUUAAAAAAGAGGAGGAACAAUUGAAAACUGACAAGGAAGAAGCCAAGGAAGAACCAACUGCUGAGAAAUCUGAGGAAAAAGCUGAACCAGAAGCCGAAGCUCCUGCGAAAGAGGACGCCAAAAAGGCGGAUGUCAAGAAGGAGGUGAAAAUCGAUAAAAAAGAAGCAAAGAAAAAGGAAAAGGAAGAAAGGGAACGAAAGAAGGAGGAGGAGAAAGCCAAGAAACGGGAGGAGGAGAAGGCGAGGGAAGCCGAGAAGGCCAAGAAGAAGGAGCAGGAGAAGAAAAAGAAGGAGGAGGAGAGGGCGAAGGAGGCGAAAAAGAAAGAGGAUAAAAAGAAGGAAGAAAAGGUGAAAGAGGAAAAAUCUGAAGAGAAAAAAAAAGAGGAGGAAAAGCCAAAAGAGGAUGCGAAGAAGAGUGAAGUGGACAAGGUAAAGAAGGAACCAGAGGAGAAACUAGUGGACGAAACUGUGAAGGAAGACGCGUCAACAGAAUCAGUGAAGGAGGAAUCGCCCAAGGAAUCGCCCAAGGAAUCGCCCAAGGAAUCGCCCAAGGAAUCGCCCAAGGAAUCGCCCAAGGAAUCGCCCAAGGAAUCGCCCAAGGAAUCGUCCAAGGAAUCGUCCAAGGAAUCGUCCAAGGAAUCUGCAAAUAAAGACAACACAGCAAAAGACUCUACAAAGAAAGAAGAGACGUCUAAAAAGGUGAAGAAGCCGGAUCAGAAACCGGACAAACCAAAGAAAGAGGAGGAAAAAGCCAAGAAAAAAGACAAAGGGAAGAAGGGUAAAAAGGCGGCGGUCAUAGAGAAGGUCAAAGCGCCCAUCGCAGACCCGGAACCGGAACUCAAAACGGAACAAGACGUGGAGGCGGCGGCGGACCAGCGAUCGGUCGGAAGUGCAGAGCAAAAUCAAGAGGAAAUCAAAGAAGAUCCAGAAGUAAAGAAGGAGCCAGAGGCAGAGGAAGUGAAAGAGGACGAAAAGAACGAAACCUCCACAAAAUCUGAAGACAAAACAUCAAAGGGAGAGAAGAAGACCAAAUCCGAGGCCAAGAAAGAGAAGAAAACAGAAGACACAAAAGCCCCCAAAGGCAAACAGAAAACAAUGCAGUGCAAAGUCACGCUCCUGGAUGACGCUCUGUUUGAGUGUGAGCUGGAUAAACAUGCCAAAGCUCUGGAGCUAUUCACUAAAGUGUGUGACCACCUCAAUCUAUUGGAAAAGGAUUACUUUGGCCUUGCGCACUGGGAAUCUUCAUCUAGUAAGACGUGGGUGGACCUCACAAAAGAGCUCCGAAAACAGGCCACUGGUGGCAUCUAUGAGUUUACAUUCAACGUGAAAUUCUACCCGCCGGACCCAGCUCAGCUCACGGAGGAUCUGACCCGGUACUGUCUCUGUCUGCAGCUGAGGAAGGACAUCCUGCGUGGAAUCCUGCCCUGCUCCUUUGUCACGCUGUCUUUACUGGGCUCCUACACGGCUCAGUCUGAGCUCGGAGAGUACGACCCCGAGGUGCAUGGGACGGACUACGUCAAGGACCUGAACCUGGCUCCAGGACAGACCAAGGAGCUGGAAGACAAGGUCAUCGAGCUGCACCGCACAUACAGGUCAAUGAGUCCAGCACAAGCAGACUUGUUGUAUUUAGAAAACGCCAAGAAACUCGCCAUGUAUGGAGUGGACCUUCACCAAGCAAAGGAUCUGGAAGGCAUCGACAUCACACUUGGAGUUUGUGCCGGUGGACUCAUGGUUUACAAAGACAAGCUCAGGAUUAACAGAUUCCCGUGGCCCAAAGUGCUCAAGAUCUCUUACAAACGAAGCAGCUUCUUCAUCAAGAUCAGGGCAUCAGAGCAAGAACAGUACGAGAGCACCAUCGGCUUCAAACUGCCAAACUACAAAGCCUCAAAGAAACUGUGGAAAGUCUGUGUGGAGCAUCACACCUUCUUCAGAGUUUCGACUGUGGAGCCUCCGUCCUCUCGGCGCUUCCUCGUGUUGGGCUCAAAGUUCCGUUACAGUGGACGCACUCAGACUCAGUCGCGUCAGGCCAGCUCCAUGAUCGACCGACCAGCACCUCGCUUCACUCGCUCUGCCAGCAAGAGGCUUUCCCGCAACCUGGAUGGAGCCAGGUGUGAGGUUGAUGACUGGUUCGAAUUUCUGCAGACCACCAGGGUCCAGUGUCCUGGACCCUCAGUCACAGAGCAGUGUGCUCAGACUGACCUUGAACUUGAAGUCAGUUGGCCGUGGCCUGAGCUGCUGCAGACAGACCCCGUGAAGGAUGAGUGGUCUGUUCUGCUCCAUCGACACCCUCCUUUUCCUGUCACACCAGCCUUUGCUGUAGUUAAGCAAUCAGUGGAACUAAACUCAUCUAAGAUGAGCUCUCUAGAAAGACUGUUUCAACCUGUGCCAAAACAAGCAGACGACUGGUUCUUGUACUUUGAUCGCAGUAGUGUGUUGAGAGGAGGAAGUUUUUUGUCCCUGCUCCAGCAGAGGGAAAAGUUAUCUGUAGAAGUGAGCUCUGAGGAGGUCACUGAAACCAUGCAAGAAACCAUGACCUUUGUGGGCUCUUUGGGGGAAGUUAGUGUUUUAGAAAGACGCCUCAAAGAAGUUCGAGAUUUAGAGGAUAGACUCCAACUAGUGGACGAGCUUCAGGAAAGGCUCCAGGAGGUCAUCGAGGAGGAGCUGGGAAAGGAAGAGGUGGCUCGGCUUAAGGAGGAGCAGCAAGCAUUAGACAUACAAGUCCAAACUUUUAGGAGAACAUCAGAGAGCGGGGGCAAGGAUGAUUUGGAAGAUGAAAUAAAGAGGGUAUUUCUCAAAGGGCUGCUGUCUGAGGAAGAGGAGGCUACACCGCAGCAGAAUCUCCCAGAGAAUAUAGAUCAGAGCCAAGUCAUGGGUGAUUUGAGAGAGAAACUGGGAGAAAUAGAAAAGCAGUGGAGCGAGGAAGUGGAGAAGGGACAGGGCCUCUCCGAUGUUGGCACCACUGCUGUCGUGACAUAUCAGGUGCAGACGAGGACAAAGAAAAGGGUAACAAUAGUGGAAGAAGUAACUGAAAUAAUAGAUGUGCCAAGAGGGAAAACGGAGACCAAAUCCAUAUGGGAAAGAACUGAAGUUUUAGCAUCAAGGACGAGCAGGAGUGUGCCACCGGUCUGCUUUGAAGAUAAAGAUGUGUGGUUCAAACUGUUUGAUCGUCUUCCUUAUGCAGCCGUUUACAGGCCAGUGGGCGUCUCUGUGGAAAACGUGCAAACCUAUGCAGAUAAUGUCAGAUCAAAGCCAUUUAUUUUGGAGACCGAGGACGCUGUAUCUGAAAAGCUGAAAUCUGGAGCCCUGAAGAGGCUCGAACCAACACCUCCAGCUCCAGUGCCCCUGGUUCUGAGAGCUGACGACUGGUUUCUCUUGUUUGACAUUGUUCCCAGAGUUGUGCCACGUAAACAGCCAGCUUCUACUGUGGUUGAGAUGGAAGAAAGAGAGGUUAUCAUGACUGAACUUCCGGGACUUAAAACUAUUGAAAAAGUCAACGAUAGCAAAGUCACUGUUCGAAACGAAGCAGUGGUGGAGAGGAUGGAAGACGACUGGUUUCUCUUGUUUGAUGUUGUUCCUCGAGUGUUGCUACGUAAACAGCCAGCUCCUAUUAUAUUUGAGAUAAAAGAGCGAGAAGUUUUUGCUGAAGUCCCAGAAGAUACACUGAUUGAAAAAGUAGUUCAAAGUGCUAAAAUGACAGUUCAAACCAAAGCAGCGGUGAAGAGGACAGAAGACGAGUGGUUUGUUCUGUUUGAUCAGUCUCCUGAAGUAAAGCGAGGCACGAAAACAGUAGCUACAAUAGACAUGCCUGGUGACGACAAGGAAAAGACAGCUACUUCUUUGACAAUGGUGUAUUCAGAGAUGGUUGUGGAGAGGAUCGUAAUAGUGAAGAAGGAAGUGUCUCAGAUCAAAGCCCGUGCACCAGCCUCACAAAGAGAGGACGACUGGUUUCUUUUGCUUGAUGUCGCUGCCAAAGCAUCUCCUUACAGACCACCAGUGUUAGCUGCGGCAUCUUAUGGAAAGGUUUAUGUUGAAGAAGCAGUUUCAAUGACGCAGAUGAAAAAGAUUUCUGUCAAAGAGAUCCAAGUGGAGAAAAGAGUCCAAAAAGAGAGGAUUCCUCCUACUGUCAGACAAAUGGCAGACGAUUGGUUUGUCCUGUUCUUUUCUGAACCAAAACAAACUCCAUCUAAACCGUCUGUUAAACCAACAGUGGUUCCUGCUGCUUUGAUUAUUCCGAAGCCUAAAGUUGAAGUUAAAGUGAUAAAACCAAGACUGUCUCAGCCGCGUCCACAGAGAGAAGACGUUUGGUUUGUGUUGUUUGAGCCCAGGUCAAAGUCGAUCCUCCCGACAGUGCUUCCAGUUAAACCUCUGCCGGAUGUGAGAGCCACAUUCGCUCAAGUAAAAUCCACUGAGACGAGAGCACAGGAGCUGAUGAUUGUUGCGGACAAAAGACGAGACGUGACAAGUUUGUCCGGGAAGAGACCUCGGCCAAUCAGAGCGCGAGAGCGCGAGGACGAUUGGUUUGUGCUUUUUGACAUAAUCCGUUGCGUGGCUGUUGUCAAGCCAAAAGCUGCUGUGAGGGCUUCUGUUGUGCCAACAUCCAAACCUCUUUAUGACUAUGUGAAGCCAGCUGUGACAGUCAGGAGAAGAACAACAACAGAAUCGAGAAAGAUCAAUGAUGACUGGUUUGUUCUACUGGAUGUUGCACAUAAAACAAAAGCUGUGGCUCGACCAGCGCCUUAUCAAAUCAAAUCAAGCAAAACAGUAGUGACCAAAGCAGUGAAAAUGCAGCAGACGGUGACAGUAGCAGAGAGGAGGAGGGAGAGGGUGGAACGGAAAAGAGCUUCUACUGUGAGGAAAGUGGACACUGAUUGGUACUUUCUUCUGGAUAAGGUCACCAAAGCUGCAGUGUCUCGACCUGCACGAGUCCGCUUUACCACCACAGAAAGCAAAGUUCCAGCUAAAACAAAGGUCAGCGUUUGGAAGCCUGCUCUGCGGCCGAAAGAAAGACGUCCCUCCUCUCGUAGAAGCGAUGAUUGGUUUGUUCUUUUCGAGCGCGGAUUCAGGACCUCAGUGGUGGUCGCCCCACAGAGAGGAGCCCGUCCUGUCAGCGCUCCGGUGUUUUCUCAAGCCGCUCUGGCUGAGGCCGGGAUCCCCAUGGCUCCACUGGACCAGCCCCAGACCUCCACCCCCAUCAAGGGCAUUCGCGACGAGAGGAGGCUGGAGGUCACCGUGGAGACCGAGGAGAGCACCACACUGUCCGAAGUCAAGCCAAUAUGGAGGGACCGUAGAGAGCUAAAGUCGGCCCUGAUAACCAGCCUCAAUGGGGACCUGAAGCACGAGACAGAAGUGGCCAUCUCGGAGCUGGUGCGCUUGAGAAAGAAAAGGGCAAAGAGAAUUGAGGGUGACUCAAUAUAUAUCAGACAUAGCAUUUUAAUGUUGGAGGAGUUUGACAAGCCGCAGGAGGACCUCCUCCGACACCACGCCAGCAUCAGUGAACUCAAGAGGAACUUCAUGGAGGCCCUACCCGAGUCACGGCCCAGUGAGUGGGACAAGCGCCUGUCCACACACUCCCCUUUCCGCACGCUGGGGGUCAACGGAGCUGAUGGGUGUGUGAGCGAUAGCCUUCAGUGCAGUGAGUCUCAUGCCAACUCCACACACGUGGAAAGUGCGUUAAGCUUCUCUGAAACGCCCAGUCCCGCUCCGGCCCGCACGCCUCGCACCGAGCCGCAGGAGUUGCCGGAAGUGUAUGACCGAGACGUGGUUGUAGUGUUUGAAUCCUCUCUGCUGCCUGUGGUGGAGGUGGAAGCGGCCCGCCGGCCAAGCCUCCCUCACUGGUCGCACUGUGAGGAUAUAGACACUGCCCAAACGAAGGAGCGCCAGGAGGCGCAGCCAGCCGAGGGCCACAGCUCUGGGACUGUCUCUUAUUUCACGAGCACGGGUCCCAAGGUCGUGCGCUGUUGCCAGCCCCCUCUGGUGCAGACGCAGACAGUCACCAUCACAGCCGAGUCCUCCCUGACCACGGGCAUCUCCACCACGGACGUCCCAAUCGUGCCGACCCAUCCCGUCACCUAUGGGUCUUCAAAGGUGGACGGCACGGACGAGGAGAAGGACGGGUCGUCUGAGUCCAGCUCCAAAACGGUGAUGUCAGAAAGUACCAGCGGCACCACGGUCACCACCACCACCACGCACAUCUCCAAGGUCGUGAAAAGCGGAUCCUCAGAGACACGCGUCGAGAAGCGAAUCGUCAUCACCGCAGACUCUGACGUGGAACCAGAGAAGGGGAAAGGAUCCGGAGCGUCCGCUUUGUAA